AUGGCGAAUGAGAAGCCAAGGACCGCGAUUGUCAUCGGCGCUGGAGCUGGUGGAAUUGCCAUUUCUGCUCGUUUGGCAAAGGCGGGGUUGAAGGUCACGGUUCUGGAAAAGAACGACUUCACGGGUGGGAGAUGCAGUAUCUUCAGGUCCAAGGCCGGGUUUCGUUUUGACCAAGGCCCUUCGUUGCUGCUGCUGCCAAACUUGUUUCGUGAGACUUUUGCGGAUUUCGGCACCACACUCGAGGCUGAGGGUGUAGAGCUGCUACAAUGCUUUCCCAAUUAUGAUAUUUGGUUCUCUGAUGGCGCUGUCUUCAGGAGCAGCACUGACACAGCUGCCAUGAAAAGAGAGAUCGAGAAGUGGGAGGGGCCAGAUGGUUUUCAACGGUAUCUCAACUGGCUGGCAGAAGCUCACGGUCACUACGAGAUCAGCCUGCAGCACGUCCUACAUCGCAACUUCACCAACCACGCCCAGCUUGCCGACCCAACUUUCGUCGCACCCACCAUCGCCCUUCACCCGCUUGAAAGCAUCUGGAGCCGAACCACUCGUUACUUCUGGUCAGACCGUCUCCGGAGAGUAUUCACCUUCGCCACCAUGUACAUGGGCAUGUCACCUUACGACGCCCCCAGCACCUACAGUCUUCUGCAGUACACCGAGCUUGCCGAGGGCAUCUGGUACCCCAAAGGCGGCUUUCAAACCAUCCUCGCGGCCAUCGAACGUAUUGGCCGUCGUCUAGGCGUGCAAUACCGUCUCAACACCCCCGUAGCUAAAGUCCUAACUGGCGGACCAGACGGCAAGACCGCCACGGGAGUCCUUCUGGAGUCUGGCGAGAAGCUGGAGGCCGACCUCGUUAUUGUCAACGCUGAUCUUGUUUACGCCUACAACAACCUCUUCCCUCAAGAAUCCGAGAACAAAUCCGUCGGCCCAACAAUCACCCCUUACGCCAAUGACCUCUCCAAGCGUGAAGCCUCCUGCAGCUCCAUCUCCUUCUACUGGAGUUUCUCCAAAAAGAUCCCCGAGCUGGGCACCCACAACAUUUUUCUCGCGGAUGAGUACAAGGAGUCGUUUGAUGCCAUUUUCAAAAGGCACACCCUCCCAUCUGAUCCAUCUUUCUACAUCAACGUCCCCUCCCGCGUCGACCCAACAGCUGCACCCCCAGAUAAGGACGCCGUAAUCUGCCUCAUCCCCGUAGGCCACCUCUCCGCCACGCACCCGGCCUCCUCCUGGCCCUCCCUCGUCGCCUCGGCCAAAAAGGCCGUCCUGGCCACGGUAGAGAAGCGCACCGGCCUCAAGAACCUCGAAUCGUUGAUCAUGGAGGAAACGAUCAACUCUCCCCCCGAAUGGCAGGCCAAGUUCAACCUCGACCGCGGCGCCAUCCUGGGCCUGUCCCACUCCUUCUUCAACGUCCUCUCCUUCCGCCCGAGGACGAGGGCGAAGGGGGUGAGGAAUGCGUAUUUUGUCGGGGCGAGCACGCACCCUGGCACGGGGGUUCCGAUUGUCCUUGCCGGGGCGAAGAUUACGGCGGAGCAGAUCUUGGGGGAUAAGAAGAUGGAGGUUCCUUGGGUGCCGCUGAGGGAGUGGAAGGGGGAUGUGCAGGCGAAGCAGGGGAAUGAAAAGAGGGGGGAGGGGAGGUUGGAUUUGGUGAAGAGGCCGUUGUGGACGGAUGAUUGGAAUUUGUUUUUGUGGAGUGUGAUUGGGUUAUUGGGGGUGGUGGUGGUUUUCCUUGCUGGACCGGCUGCUUGGGGGAACGGGGGGUUUGUGGGGGAUUGGUAAAGGGUAAUGAUAAUAUGGGGGGAACCAUGGGCGUGGGAUUUUCUUUUUUGGGGGGUAAUGGUUUUGGGUCGGGGUUUUGUGUAUUUAUUUCUGCUUAUAGAAAGCUUGUUUGUACUUGCUUCGGAGGAUCAAGACUUGUUCGACACCUGUGGAGAAUGUUGCAAUGUGGUCGAGGGCAACGACCCUCUUGAUUGUUUGUUUGCUUUCUCAUCACCACAAACACAGCAUCGUACAUCACCGGCCAAAAGAAAAUUAAGACACCCACCCACCCGUCAGUGACUUCCAAAGGUACCAAC